GCUACUUUUAUAGAAACAGCGACCAGCAGUCAGUCGAGUUUGUUCACCGUGUGGUCGCUUCUUGAACGGUGUUCCUGGUUUAUAUUCACCUAAAGGAAAUUGUAUUUAUCAACGGGAGGACAACACCGUGCGUUAGAGGUAGAAUUUUAACAGAGCCUGUUUGUCAACUUGUCAUUGCGGUGCAAUCAUGACUGAGGUGGCGCAGGUUGCGGCUGUAGACAUUGACGAUGUCACCAGCGAAAAUGAACUCAACAUGAGCGACGCAGAAAACAAAGAAGACGAUCUGACACACGAGGAGGAGGACGAUUUUGAAGAAGCAGAGGAGGACAUCGAGAAGAUGUCAGAAGUGGAAGAUGAAAAACCUUGCCACACUAAGGACGAAGUGAGUGAGGAGACCGAAAAAACACACAUGAACGGAGUGGAUCACAAAGAAAGCGACUCAGUCAAUGAGCAAAAUGAAAGUUCAGAAGGUGUUAAUGGUGUGGCACAGGACAAUGAGAAGGAGGACGCACAAGCUGACACAAAUGAAGACCAGAAUAUUUCUGAUCUGGCUCUUAAGAAAGAGAAACUCAUGCGGUCCAGAAAGAUGGUGGCCAGAAGCUACGUGCCCAAAACGAAUGCAGAAAAAGGGGAUGUGACAGGCAAGUUCGUGGCCAUGCAGAAAGCUAGGGAGGAGCGCAGCAGGCAGAGAAACAAGGAUGAGCAGCAGAAGAGGAAGGAACAAUACAUCAAGGAGAAGGAGUAUAACCGCAGAAAGCAGCAGAUAAAAGAACUGCUUGCUUCCAGCGAUGAGGAGGAAGAGGAGAAGCCAACAAAGGUAGAAAAAUCCUACGUCCCCAAAAUCACAGGUAGUGUGAAGGGGAAGUUUGCAGAAAUGGAAAAACAAAGACAAGAGGAAGAAAGAAAGAGGAUGGAAGGAGAGAGGAAGAAAAGGGAGGCCCAGGACCAUAUGGAAAAAGCCAAAAUUAAGAAAGAGUUGGCCAAGAAAGCAGCUGAGGAAGGAGAUGACACCAUCCUGGUACGAGUGGUUCCAGCAAAGUCAUCACGACCCCCGGGCAGAAUCAGGAUGAACUUUGAAGACAUGGAGAAGAACAGAGAGGAGGGACUGAAGAAGAAGGCAGAGGAGGAGAAGAAGAGACGAUACGAUGAAAACAGACGCUCCUUCAGGGAUGCCAAGAGAAGCUCGGUUGUUGAACAGGAUGAAGAGGAGAGGCCGACAGAGAAGAUGCAGGUGACUCCUGGCAAGCUGAAGCUGACAUUUGAAGAGCUGGAGAAGGAAAGGCAGGAGCAUAGAAAGAGGCAGGCUGAGGAGGAAGCCAAACGCCGUCUGUUUGAUGAGAAGAAAGCUUUUGAGGAGGCCAGGCUGGGAAUGGGAGAAGAUGAGGACAUUAAGGAACCUCAAGAAGACAAGGAGGAGUUUCGACCUGGAAGACUGAGGUUGAGCUUUGAAGAGCUAGAACGGCAAAGGGUAGAAGAAGUACGCAAGAAAGCAGAGGAGGAGACCAAGAGACGAAUGGAGGAGGAGAGACGAGCUUUUGCGGAGGCCAGGAAGAGCAUGCUUGUAGAUGAGGAUGAUGAGGUGCUGAUGGCCUUACUCAACCUGGAGGGAAGUGAACCCGGGAAGAUAUGUGCCAGUUUUGAGGAUUUGGAACGCCAGAGAAGAGAGGAGGAGCAGAAAAAGGCUGAGGAAGAGGCAAAGAGGAGACUGGAAGAGGAGAAGAGGCUAUUUGCAGAGGCCCGCAAGAGCAUGAGCCCUGGCCUGGAUCAGGAAAAGUCUGCAUAUGGAGAUGAAACAGUACUAGAUGAGGAAGCAGGCAUGGUAAAGAGCCCAUCUCAAGAAGCAUUGCACCCCCGAAAACUGGAGAUCAACUUUGAAGAGUUACUGAAAGAGAAGGAGGACGCUGAGAGAAAGCGCAAGGCAGAGGAACGUAAAAUGAAAAGGGAGCAGGAGAAGCAGGAAUUUGAACAACUGAGACAAGAGAUGGGCGAGGAUGAAGUGAAUGAAAGCUCAGAUGUUAUUAACAAAGAGUAUGAAGAGCUGACCAAGCUCAAGAGAACUGGCUCCAUCCAGGCCAAGAACCUCAAGUCCAAAUUUGAGAAGAUUAAGCAGCUGACUGAAGAGGAAAUACAGAAAAAGAUUGAGAUGGAGAGAGCACGACGGAAGGCAGUGGAUGACGAAAUCAAAGAGAGAGAAUCUGAGCGGUUCCAGGAGGACAAUGAGGAACAGGAAACGACAGCAAUGAGGGCUGAGGAGACACCCUUCAAACAGAAGGUGGACAUGAAAGCCCGAUUUCAACAAAUGGCCAAAGCAAGAGAAGAUGAGGAGAGGAGGAGAAUAGAGGAGCAGAAGCUGCAGAGGAUGCAGUUUGAGCAGCAGGAGAUCGAUGCUGCCCUUCAAAAAAAGAAAGAUGAUGAUGUGGAGGACGAGGGUAGCAUUAUCAAUGGCUCUGCGGCCUAUGAAGAUGAGGAGGAUCAUGCCCGGUCGGGGGCUCCAUGGUUUAAAAAGCCCCUUAAAAAUCAAUCGGUGGUGGACUCGGAGCCAGUGCGAUUCACUGUUAAGAUCACUGGGGAGCCCAAGCCAGAGGUGACCUGGUGGUUUGAGGGAGAGAUGCUCCAGGACUGUGAGGACUAUCAGUAUAUAGAGAGAGGAGAGACGUACUGCCUCUACCUGCCAGAGACCUUCCCAGAGGAUGAGGGAGAGUAUAUGUGCAAAGCUGUGAACAGCAGAGGCACAGCAGCAAGUACCUGCAUCCUUACAGUAGAAAGUAAGACAACCUUGGUGUGAUUGCAUGCCUGCAUGAUACCUCCAAUCUGGAUUACAACCUCUGAACCUGUGAAGUGGAUUGCAUGCUCCUCUUCCUCGUGAAGAUGCAGCUGUGGGUAACUCUUCUUCUUCUGUUUCUCUCUUGCAGCUUAUGACUACUGAUGCCCUUCCAUGUUCUGGAAACUUUCCCUGUUGUCUCUCACUCCUUUUGUAAAACCUUGUCCCUCAUGGUAUGGUCAAACAGCGGAGGGAAGAAAUAGCAGUUUGUCUGGCAUUCCUAAGGGAGGGUUACACAACAAAAACAAAAGUUUUUUUUUUUUUUUUUUUACAUUUUGCUCAAUUGUAAAGCUGUACUCCCUGUUAGAGUAGGGUUAUACCUGUGCCAAAAGCAGAUAUGAUUCUGUUCUUGUUCAAAAUGAAUAUUCACUCUGAGGCCCUAACAGUAAGAUAAGUUAAGUUUCACAGUACUGUGUUGUAAAUAUCACACUCUAUGGUCCAUUCAUAGAAACACUGUGCUUGAGGCACUGCAAUGGAAGGCGUCAAAUGUCCUUGUACUUUCAAUGAAUAAAAGUACAGGUGAAUAAUAUAAACCUCUAAAAUAAUUACUAGUGUUUAACCUAUGCUGUACAAGGGCAUGAAUAUGACUCACAAUAUAGCUAAUUGUGCUCUCUGCCAUAUUAGUUAAUGGUGUUGCAAUAGUUGACUGGAAUCAUGUCAAAGGAUAACAUGGUUGUCAUUAUUUUAUUAGAAAUCAGCAGUGAGAGACAGAGACACAGAAACAGAAACAUUUGAUAUCAUGUUUACACUCUGAUUUCCAAUAAAACAAUUUAGGUUCUUAAUAACUGUUCUAACACUGCAGCUUCUGUUCUGAGAAAAUUAACACUUGUAUUUAUUUUUUCAUUUUCAACCCCCCCCUUUUUUGUUUAGACUUUAAUCUAAUACAUUAUAUUAUUAUUACAGAUGUCAUGAUUUGAUUGUCCUGGACAGUAGGUCACUGUUUAAUGGUUUGAUAAUGAAAAAGAAACAUAGAGUAGCCUGAAAAUAUUAUUAAUGAAGAUGUUUUAAUAAAAUGAACAAAAACAG